GGGGUAACGCGCCGGGGGAGGGUGGGGGGGGAGGCAGCCCUCUGCCGUUGCCGGGGUGACGCGCCCGGCCGAGUGGCUCUGGCAGCCGGCGGCGGCGGCACGAUGAAGAUCUGCGGCGUGUGCGAGGAGCAGGCUCCGAAAUACCGGUGUCCCAUCUGCGACCUGCGCUAUUGUUCUGUGGGAUGCUACAAGAAACACAAGGGUGAUUGCAAAGCCCAAGAGUCUGGUUCAGUGUCAUCGAUUUCAGAAGUGGAGGGAAUAACAUGGCAAAACCGCAAAGAUGACAUCUUGGGUGAAGAUGAAGAAUCUGAUUGGGUACCAUUUGAAAAAUUGAAACUAUUGGAAUCUGAGGAAUUGAAGAGUUUACUGUGCAAUCCCCAUCUUCGACAAUUAUUAUUGACAAUAGACAGAGCAGAAGAUAAAGAAAACAUCAUGAAAUCAGCUAUGCAAGAACCUAUUUUCGUGGAAUUUGCUGAUCGCUGUCUACAAACAGUAGAACCACCAGUAAAAGAAGACAUUACUGAUUCCUAGUAGAAACAUUAAUCUCAGAGCAAACAACUAUGUAUCUUAUAAUACAUGUAUUACAAUGUAUCUAAUUAACCUAUCCUGGUUUUAACUUCAUUUAAUUGCAAAAUGAAAAGCUUGACCAUUCAGUAACUAUUGAAUGUGCUGUGAUGCCAAAGAAUAGACAAUUUUCCAAAGUUUUAUUGAAAUUGUAAUUAAAAUUGAAAGUAAACGAAGAGUAAAAUAUUUAAGCUGACAAAAUAAAUGCAAAGCAUACUUUAUAAUAUGA